AUCCAAGAUAGUUUGCAUAUUAUUUCUCAGUUCGUUCGUUUAUAUUCGGUCAGCUAAUAUAUAUUUGAUGAAUAACAGAAAAACAAAAGACCUAAACCCUCACGACAUGAAGAUAUUGUAUAUUGAGUUAUAGCGCGGCAAUCGAAGAACGAUAGUUGGGAGGGGAUUUCAAGUCCUUUGUCAUGAUAUGUAAUUAACAUUUCCAGACCCUAAACGUUAGUUUGAUGACCAGAUCUGCUUAUUGGCACUGCUUGGUUGAGCGGAAAUAAAUUCUGAAUCACUGUAUUUUGUUGUGAACAUCCUACUGAGGGAUAUGGGAUCUCGAGACUGGAUUAUGUAUAAAGUGUCAAUGGUUCGGCUGCUGUACUGCCUAGUUGGACAGAAUGAAAGUCAAAAGUUAAUAACUCAUACUGUAAGGCUAACCAUGAUAAGCUCCGAAGUUACUCGUUUAAGAUAUGCUUUUUUUCAUAGUACUUGGUUUUUGAUCGUAAAGAACCAAGACACCUAGAUCUUUUUGAACUCACGAUAUUUACGGUUGAAAUUUUAUGGUCUGAGAUUCAAGAUACAGAUGGAGUUGCGUCCCUAAUUCUGGGGAAAAUUUGGCACACUUUGGGGGGAAAUUUUGGGUCAUUCGACUUUGGGGAUUUCCCCAAAGUUCUCCAAAAUUGGCAGCUGGGAAAUAUUACUUCGGUAGAACAAGUCAACAAAUAGCACUUUGUAACUGCUAUGAUUCAUGUUACAGAAGGCCCUUUGAAUAUAGACCUGUUGCGUGAAAGCUAUCAGAACGAAUUUUUCAGCUACAUCGAUGCUCAACCUUCACCUAAGGUUAUAUAUUGGGAGAAAGAUCUGUUAGCCCAUAUGAGUUCUGUAGUAAACAAUUCGGAUUUGAAAAAACAUGGUGUUAUAAAUUCAUUUCUUUUCCAAUCUGCUAAAGAUUCCUAUUCUCCUUCAGCGUGUAAAUCUGUAAUAUUCAUUAUAAGUCCAAAAGUUAGUAUUAUUGACUCUGUACAAUCAUUUUUAGUAAGAGAUUCACAAUCCAACCAAAGUGCUGGAAAGCAAUAUAGUAUUAUUGCCAUUCCGAGGAUUUCCCUUGCUUGUAAAAGUUUUUUAAAAGAAAAAAAGAUGACCAAUAAAUUUGCCAUGAUAUCUGAAUUUCCCCUAACAAUAGUACCUGUAGAAUGUGAUGUUCUGUCAAUGGAAGAUUCGCAAUGUUUUGCUAAUUACUCCAUUUCCGAACGUCAGGAUGGUGUCUAUCAAUUUGUACAAGGUUUGAUGCGAUUUCAAUCAAUUUUUGGUCUGUUCCCAAAAAUUUAUGCUAAAGGUGAAAAGGCCAUAGGAGUGGCCAAAAUGUUGCGGCGUAUGUCUGAUGAAGCCAAAGUUACAAAUGAACAUCAACCAUCAGUCACUGCAUUAGAUGAAAUUGAAAGCCAAACUGAAUUAUUAAUUCUUAUUGAUCGAGCUGUUGAUCCUUUAACUCCUUUGUUAAAUCAGUUAACGUAUGCGGGACUAGUUGAUGAGAAAUGGGGUAUUCGUUUUGGUAUUUGUCGACCAUGUUUUCAAGUUGAAAAUGAAUCUUCCAAAAAAUUCUUAUUAAAUUCUACAGAUUUAGUAUAUACUGAAAUAAGAGAUCGAAAAUUUUCUGAAGUUGGUUUAAUUCUAUCAAAAAUUACUAAAGAAAUUUCUACACUUGUUACUCAAUCCAAGUCAGCCAAAGAACUAACCGAUUUACGCGUUGCCGUUAGUCGGAUUCCCGAAAUUCGCUCAAAACAAUCACAGCUGGAGAUACAUACUUCACUCGCAGAAGAAAUACAAAAAUAUGUGAGCACUGAUGAUUUCUUAUCAAUUUUAAGAGCUCAGCAAGAUUUUAUUAAUGGCUACGAAACAGAUAAAGCACAUCCUUUCAUUGAAGAAUGUAUCCUGAGAGGUGCACCUAUUGAAGAGGUUCUUCGUCUUAUUUGCAUUCAAUCAUUUUGUAAUGGAGGCUUAAAGCAACGACUUUUAGACUAUUAUAGAAAUGAAAUAAUACAAGUCUACGGUUUUGAGCAUAUUUUCACACUGGAUAAUUUGGAGCGUGUAGGUUUGCUUUAUGAAUCUCCUAAUAGUCUAAUGAGUAGUAUACAAACAUCAAGUUUCACACCCCAAGAAAAAAUCAAUUCAAGAAAUAGUAGCCUGUCAUCGUCAAAGUUGUCAGCGAACCUAAAACAAACAAUUAUUAACAUAAGUAGUAGUUAUAAUUCAGUACUAAAAGGAAACCUACGCCUUGUUGUUCCGCCUAAUUCCAAUUCAGUGAAUGACUCUGAGCAAGCAGCAUCUAGUUUGUUUUCCGGUUAUAUUCCUAUAUCUAUUCGUCUUAUUCAAAUAUGGACAAACGAUUGGUAUCCUAAACCUAAUCUAUCAUUAACAAGUAGAGGUAUAACAGAUCAAACUACGUUCACCGGUGGCGGUUCGGGGGCUUUUUUACUGUCUAAGGCUACACGUAUAGUUUCAGGCCUUAGAUCUUCAGAGAGUUUGGAAAUGUCUGUGUUACCAGAGUCUAAUGAGCGCAAUGUACCUGAAUUAAACAGUCGUGCAACAUUAACACCGACGGCAGAGAAAACUGGUGGUUUUCUUCCGAACAAUUCGUUAACUGCAACUUCUAAUCGUACAACAUCUUCACUGACUAACUUAAUAUGUGCUCCAGAAUUUAAAGUACAACUACCAGUUAAAGAUGAUUUACCUUUCACGUCCAAAAACGGUUGUUUAAAUAUGAAAAAUCAUCCAAAUAAACCACGUAUUGUAGUCGUUGGUUUUGUUGGCGGUGUGAGUCAUGCAGAAAUAUCAACUUUAAGAACUAUAGCUGCUAGUGAAGAUGCAAAUGUUGAAUUUGUUAUUAUUACAACAGGAUUUAUAACAGCACAAUCGUUUAUUGGUUCUCUUUGUCAACCGGUUAAAUCAACUAAUCUGAUUCCAUUUUGAUUCCCUGCCUCUCCUUUUUUUUUCUUCUUUAAAUCUUGUUUUAACGGAUUAUCUAAAAAAAUGUUUUCUCUUCUUGUUUUCUUUAUUUAUUUUUACAUGAUCAUUUACUUCAAUCAAACAUUCUACUUAUAUGAUCUCUCUUUUUUUUUUAAAAAAAAACUAAUUUCUUAUUUAGAUUUACAAUAACUAAAAUAGUAGUCGUCGUAGUCCUAGUUGUAGAAGUAGUAGUGGUCGCGGUAGUCCCAGUAGUAGUCGUCGUAGUGUUAGUAGUGGUCGUGGUAGUGUAGUGAACAAGACCACGGGUGGGGACAGUCGAGUGUAUUUAGCACAACAAUUACAGACUAUCUCAAUAAAAUCUAGAUACCAUAUAGUAAAUCGUCAAUUUGCAAAAUGUUCAUGCAUCUAAUCAAACUGGACUGUUUCUGUUGCAAACACUAAUCCAUUGUGUCCCAUUCCAUUGUUCAUACGUUUUCUUACAAAUUCCAUUGAGUUUUCGCUCUUCUUUUCUUCAUCUUCCCCUCAUCUUCUGCUGCCAGACAUUACGUUUUAACUCGUGUCAUAUACUACUCAUAUCAAUAUAAGUAGCUCACACCACAGUAGUAGUAGUGGUCGUGGUAGUAGUAGUAGAACUAGUCGUCAUAAUCCUAGUCGAAGUAGUUGUCGUAUUCUAGUAGUCAUAGUAGCGGAAAUUGGAUUAGAACAAAGUAAAUUCUUAAUUUCUUAAUAACAAUUGAGAACUAGAUGAUCAAAGGAUUGAUUUACAGCUUCAGUUAUUUAGUGAUAAAUGAAAUAAGAAAAGAACAAGGUAAUAUUUUGUUCAAUGAAGAAUAUUGAUAGUUUCAAAUAAGUUCAGCAUUGAGUGGGAAGUUGUAUGUCUGAAGUUUCGUGACUUAAUGUAAGACACUUCUUCAAAGUUCCAUUAUCCGUUUGCCCUGAAGAAGUGACUUACAUUCAAUCACAAAACGUCAGAAAUACAACUUCUCUACUCAUUGGGAUAUAACAAAAACUAUAUUGAUUAUUAUAUUAUCUAUUAUUUACACAUAACCUGUGUUACAUCUGAACGAAGAAUAAAUGAAUAGCAACUGCUAGGAAUUAUUUAUGGGCUUUCAUUACAUAUAUUCUUAAUGGAUAAUUAUUAAUUAAAUUAUAUAUGUAUAUAGAUACCCAGUCUAUUAGUUACAGUCUUUCACAGACACUAGUGGCUUGAUCUUGUAUAGUUAUUAUUUUUCAUUUUUAUGGUGUGAUGCAGUUUGGUCUGUUUGAAAAGAAAUCACAUAUCUGAAAUAUACUAUUCACAUAGCGAAA